AUGAACACAAAGUUUAUGACAGUUUUGAAAAUUUUGAGACAGAUUUUAAUGAUUAGACAGUUAAUUAUAAUUCCGCCCAAACAACUUCAAGCAACAAUGAUUAUGAUAUUGGUUUAUAUAUUAACAGAACAUCUAAUAAAACUUUCAGCGAUAAUGUUAAAAAAAAAGCUUUUAAAAAAUAUAUGGAUACCAGAUUCAUUCACCAACUUGAAUGUACAAGUAUUAUCUUAUGUAAAUAGGCACUUUCAAAAAUCCUGGUUGAAUUACUUUAAAUGUGAAAAAACCAAAUUUUUCUCUGUGCUGGUUGAUAAAACAUCUGAUGUCCAAGGAAUUGAACAAUUUUCAUUAAUUGUUCACUAUUUUGAUGAAGAUAUAAAUGAAAUAAGAGAAGAUUUUUUAAAAUUGUUGCCAGUGCAUGAUGUUACAGGCAAAUGGUUAGCUACUACAGUAAAAAAAGAACUUUAA